AUGUUUGGUUCAGUAGCGAGUAGAAGACAAGGGAGUAGUGGAGUAGCAGAAUCCAUUUUGAUUCCCAAACAAUUUAUUUGGCCUUAUGGAGGAAGAAGGGUGUUUCUAUGUGGUUCUUUCACGAGGUGGGCAGUAUCUAUACCCAUGUCUCCGAUGGAAGGAUGCCCGACUGUAUUUCAAGUUAUUUGCAGGCUAAUGCCAGGAUAUCAUCAGUACAAAUUUAAUGUGGAUGGUGAGUGGCGGCACGAUGAGCAGCAGCCAUUUGUAUUUGGGAACUAUGGGUUAGUAAAUACUAUUUAUUUAGUGAGAGAACCAUCUAUCUUACCUGCCAUAUUAAGGGUUGAAGCACCUGGUAGAUCCCACAUGGAGGUUGACAAUGAUGUUGUUAGGCAUGUGGUACCUACCUUGACUUUGGAACUUUUUCAGGAAGCUGAUCCAAGGAUGUCGGAGUCUGAUCUGCAGGUCUCUCGUUACGGCAUUUCUACAUUCUUGUCUACACAUACUGCUUAUGAGUUGCUUCCCCAGUCAAGCAAGGUUAUUGCCUUGGAUAUAAAUUUACCAGUUAAGGAAGCAUUCCAUGUUUUUUAUGAACAGGGAGUAUCUUUGGCUCCUCUAUGGGAUUCUUGCAAGUGCCAGUUUGUGGGAGUGCUUAGCGCAUCGGACUUCAUUUUAAUACUGAAAGAGCUGGGGAAUCAUGGAUCAAACUUGACAGAAGAACAACUUGCGACACAUACUAUCGCAGCAUGGAAAGAGGGAAAGUUACAGCAAUGUGCAACUGAUAGCAGUGGGAGUACAUAUCCUCAGCGUUUUGUUCAUGCCGGGCCCCAUGAGUGUCUAAAAGAUGUAGCUUUGAAAAUUUUGCAAAACAAGAUGGCAACAGUUCCUAUUAUCCAUUAUUCUUCAGAGGAUGGUUCAUUUCCUCAGCUGCUUCAUCUUGCUACCCUCUCAGGAAUACUGAAAUGUAUAUGCAGGCAUUUUGAGCACUCUUGUGGUUCCUUACCCAUUCUUCAACUGCCAAUAAUUUCAAUACCUUUGGGUACAUGGGCGCCAAAAGUGGGGCAAUCCAAUAAAAAGCCGCUUGCUAUGCUAAGGCCAAAUGCUUCUCUUGGUGCUGCUCUAUCUCUGUUGAUUCAAGCUGAAGUUAGCUCAAUACCUAUUGUGGAUGAUAAUGAUUCAUUGCUUGAUAUAUAUUCAAGAAGUGAUAUUAUUGCAUUGGUCAAAGAUAAAGCAUAUGCUGGGAUAAGUCUGGACAAAUUUAGUAUCCAUCAGGCAUUGCUUUUGGGACGAGGUGCAAAUUCUCCUUACGGGCUUCACAAUGGCCAGAGAUGUCAUAUGUGUUUGGCGUCUGAUUCAUUGCACAAAGUGAUGGAGCGGUUGGCUAAUCCUGGGGUUAGACGACUUGUGAUUGUGGAGGCUGGAAGCAGGCGCGUGCAAGGGAUCAUUUCCUUAGGUGAUGUAUUCAGAUUCUUGUUAGGCUAAUUGGGAUAUAUGGCCACCGUCUUAAAUGAAGAGAAUUGCAUUGGUAGCUUUGGAAAGGAC